AUGCCUCUCCUCCCUCACAUACAACAGAUUCCCCGCAUUCUAUCGCGGUCCUCAUUACGACCGGGCUACUGUCAGAAACGAUGGGCCCAAGUACAGGACGUACGCUUUCUUGCGACACAGAACGUCCAAGAACGGACUAUAGAGAAAUAUCGGGAUCAGCUUGAACGCAGAGCGAGAGAGGAGGGCCAUGAGUCGAUUGAAGGCCUGAAAGAUGCCUACAAGGAGAAAAUCCAAGAGCUAAGGAAGAAGGCUGCGGUGCCUGGAGCGACAGCGCCACUCGAUACCGCGCAAGCUAUAUCCCCCAAAGCAGACUCAAAACCAGCAGCAUCAUCUGCACCAUCACAAGAUACAACGAAAGCCUCGAGCCCAAGAGCGCCAUCCUCUUUUCCCAAAGCAAACAGCUCCGUGAAGCCCCUGUCCUCGUACCUCGACCUCGAAAAAAUAUCCGACCUACCUACAUCGCAGAUUGAACCUCUAUGGCGGCUUCGACAUGCCCACAAGGAGCAAUCUUUGUCAUUUGCAGUGCCCGCAGAUACGUGGGGUGCAAUCGUAAAGAUGGCCCGUCAGCACCCGCAAUUCGUCUUGCCACUCCCACGGGAAGUGCCCGUCGAAGAUGGUAGUGCUGCUGCGACUGCUGGAGAAGCGCAGGCGUCGAACGCGGCAGCUGAGAUCCAUUUCAUGCAAUGGAACUUCCCAACAGAACACGCCGUGACAGUGCUUUUCACGCACCUGGCCGAGUACAAACUACGCGGUGAAUACGCAAACGCACAUACCACUGUCACAUUCCAUACCGAGCUCGCGCAAACGAAAGGACUCGUCCUUGGACAGGGGACUGUCAUGCAGGGCAGAGGCGUCACUGUAGAUGAGGGGAAAUGGCUGCUUAUGUGCAUGCAGAAGUUCUAUGGCGUACAAGCCGAGCAACGGGCUGAGCGGAAACGCCUGCUGGAGUCGUUCACUCGCGGCGACAGCACUUUUGAACUGCAAACCCUCUUGGAUGAGGCCGAGAGGAUCUAAGCUGGAUAGCUUGGAUGAAUGCUGGUUGCUUGACUACCAAGUGCUGGUUAUCUUUGCGCCGGGACUAUGUAAAAAACAUGUACACAUCGAUAAUGAUUACCAAUCACAUACUGUAUGUAUUUCUGUCUCAGUCGAGAACUCUUGCGCGUGAAGGGCGAACCGACUUCGCCUUUGACAGAUUGUACUGUGAUAACGGAUUUGGUACAACGCAGCGCAAAGUGGACAGGAGCAACAAACGGGUGUGAUAUAAUGAUCGUCAGGGCCGGUGCAUGACUAAACUAAUUAAUUAUGCAUUAAGCUUUGUGGCUCUGAUUGGAAGCGAGUUAUUAGCCUUAAUUCUAAGGUAUCAAUAAUUAAGUUACCCUC